AUGACACAUAACAGAGAAUCUAUGCAACGUGCACUGGACGUGAUCUCAGAAACCUGGACGCCCUACAGACGCCAUAUCCAAAUGCUGGUAAACUUCCACACUAGAUGCCUUAAGCGUAUCUUUGGAAUAUCCUGGGAAGAUAGAGUGACUCGUGAAGAACUAUAUCGUCGCUCAAACACGACCAGCAUUGAAACCAUGCUAGCCAAAAGACACUUGUGCUGGCUUGGACAUGUUAUCAGGAUGCCAGACCACCGGCUUCCAAGACAAAUAUUAUAUGGCAAGCUCUCACAUGGAAACCGCUCAGUGGGAGGACAGGAAAAGAGAUAUAAGGACCACUCUAAACUCUUCUCAAGUGCUGUAAUAUACAACCAAAUCCACUGGAGCAACUAG